ACGUAGACGAUAUAAAAAACGAAACAUUGGAAAAUGAAAUCCAAAUAGAAAAUAUUUUUAACAAGCCUUCUACUUCUACUUCUUUAUUCAUAGACUUAUUAAAUGAUGUACCAAAAUGUCAUGAAAUUUCAUACAAAAAAGAAAAUGAUGUAAAUAUAUCAUUUGUUCAUGAUGAAAGUAUUGCGACGUAUGAAAUAGAGAGAGAAAAUAAGGAAAAUGAGGAAAGCGAAAUUGAAUUACAAAAGAUAAAAACUGAAAGUAAUUUGAAGCCAAUGGAAAAUUUAUUAAAAAGGAAGUCAAACAUUAAAAAACUAGAAAAGAAUACCAAGAAACCAAAAGGGUUGCCUUUUCAUGUUCCUAAUACGCUACCUCAUUCUUUGUGUGAAUAUGAAAAAUGUCCAAAUGGAAUUAUAAAGCAUUCCUCGGAAUUUAUUAGAUAUUACGCCACAAUAUUAAGAACUGAAUUAAAUAAUGAAAUCACCAGAAAUCAUUAUAAAGAAAUGGCAAAAAUAAUCGCGGACAGACAUCCCGUGUUAGCAGAUGAAGGAGAAGAUGUACCUUAUGGCAGUAUUAAAAAAAGCUUAAGUGAAUGCGUUAGAAAUUUAAGAGCUCGGGAAAAGAGAAAAAUUAAAGAAUUUAUUAAAGAAGCUGACUCUUCCUGCACUGACAAAAAAAAAAUUCUUUCUGUGCCAAAUCUUUCAAUGGCAUCAAUUCAUCCUACAGAAAAUUAUUUACAAGAAACAGACAAAGAGAAAAAAAAGCAGGAGGAGAUGAUAAAAGAGUUAAAAACCUUAACCGAAAAAGUUGGCCUGACUCCUCAUGUAAAGGUUUUAAUGAAAGAAACAUUUAUAAAGAGAAAAGGAAUUAUUGCACUGAGAAAAAAAUUUACUGAAAAAUAAAAAAAUUUGUUUAAUUUUAAAAAAUCAUGUGUUUGCAUACGACUAUGAGCAUAUUUUUUUUAAUAUAGCAAAUGUAUUUAUUAAAAUAAAGCAAAUAAAUCUUAUAUGAAGCAAAUUAUUUAUUAAACUUAAGAAAUAUUUUCUAUAAUAUACUUAAUAUUUAUUAAGAUAUAACAAUUAUUUUUUACAAAUAAGUAAUGUACUAAUUGUAUUUGUUCAAUUCAAGAAAAUACUUAUUUCAAUUAAGCAUAUCAUUAAUUAAAUGCAAGAAAGAUUUGUUAAAAUAUAUCUAAUAUUUCGUGCAAUAUAAAUAAUAUUUUGUUUAAAGUAAACAAAUAAUUUUUCUAUUAAGUAAAU